CAGUUGUCAAAUCGGAAAAAAUUGUCUGUGGCCAAAAUUGUUGUGAGUCAGACGAAUUUUAUUCCGGUUUUCAUUGUGAUUCUCCUAUUUUAUUUCUUAUUGAAUUAGUACAAAUAAUGUAAAAUGGCUAUAAAUUUAGAAAAACACAAGGAAGCUUUAAUCAGUGCGUGGAAAGACGUAUUAGAUGAGAAAACAGAUACAAAUUGGGCCUUAUUCGGCUAUGAUGGGUUAUCAAACGACCUCAAGUUUGUCAGUAAAGGAGACGGGGGUCUCAUAGAGUUGAUUGAUGACUUCAACAGUGGUAAAAUACAAUAUGCAUUCCUGAAAGUCGACAUGCCAAGCGGGAGUAUAUGUAAAUAUGUUCUUAUAAACUGGCAGGGCGAAGGAGCGCCAACAGUCCGCAAAGGGACAUGCGCGAACCACAUAAAACAUGUAGCGAAUUUCUUCACCGGAUUCCAUUUGACCAUGCACGCGCGGACGGAAGACGAUCUUGAUGAGAAGGUGAUCUUGGAUAAACUGGCGAAGGCUGGCUCCGCGUUCAACUUCAAGUCGAGUAGGCCGGAGGAGUUGCCGCCCAGCGGGCCGGUGGGGACGGCCUAUCAGAAAGUAAAUCCUGUUCAAGAAAUCAAUUCAAAAGAAAGAGAUCAGUUCUGGUUGAAAGAAGAGCAAGAAGAAAAGAAACGAGUAGAAGCAGAAAGAAAAAGGAGAGAUGAGGAGAAGAGAAGAGCAGAAGAAGAAGUAAAAAGAAGAGAAUUGGAAGCGAAAAAGAAAGCGAAAACCGAAUUAGAAACGCCGGCUGGCGAGGAGAUGGCGGCGGGCGGCGCGCUCAGCGCGAGCGAGGCGCUGCGGCGACAGCGCUCGGCUGAGGCGCGCGCACUCAUCGGCUCCUCCACCGCCGCCGCGCGCAAGCUGUUCCAGCAGAACCUCGCGCAGGGACAGCUCAACACCUCACGAUCAAACUCUACACCAGAAAAACCAGCGCGCAGUUCAGUGAUCGCGCAACGAAUCAACACAUUCUCACAAGCACAAUCACCACAACCGACAUCUCCAGUGAAAACACCGACCAAGCUCGAACCCAAGGCACCAGAACAGGAGCAACCCAAAACGAGUCCGUUGAAAAACAUAGACAAGAUCAAAAUGAGUCUAGAAAGCCCGUCGCAGAUACAAUACGAGCCUAUCAUAGACCCCUCAGACCUAAGUCCUAGUACAGACAACGAACCGAGUUCAUUCAGUGCGAUAAACUACUCGGAGUACGUUCAAAAUGAGAAUAAUUACAGGGAAAUAGCAACGGAUGCGUUGAAGCAAAGCGAGCCGAUGAUCAAACAGAACAUUCUAGAGAACGACAUGUUUGAUGCAUCAUAUUCUAGUUCUAACGAGAAUGAUGAUGAUGACAGUGACAAUAAAUUCAGUACUAUCAAGCGGUCACCGUACAGUAAGAACAAUAUGGCCGAUGAACAGGAUAGAGAGUUGAGUCGGCAGAACACUGUUAUCGAGAAUGUUAACUAUAAGAAGGAAUCUAAUGGUACUACACUGGAUGACGUUUCUCCAGAAGGUUUAGAAGAAGAGGGUACGAUAUACGAAGAUCUAAAUGAAGACCCUGGACUGACGGCGAGAGCACUUUACGAUUACCAAGCUGCGGAUGAGUCAGAGAUAACAUUCGACCCGGGUGACAUAAUCACGCACAUAGAACAGAUCGACGCGGGCUGGUGGCAGGGGCUCGGCCCCCACGGGGACUUCGGACUUUUCCCUGCCAACUAUGUGGAGCUACUACCCGCCAAACCGCGCUAGAUCAGCAUUCCUGCAGGACAUACAGUAACUUAUGCAAAUACGGUAACUUGACUAUGAACUACAGUAACUUGAUUAUGUAACUGCCGUAACUUGAUUAUGCAACUAUAGUGACUUGAUUACACAACUACAGCAAUUUGCUUUUACAACAAUAAUCCCAUAAACUGAUGCUGAGGGAAGUAUUAGAUAUAUUUUGUACCCGUGUACAUAUUGUAUACAGUGGCCCAAAAGCUGCCUUCCGCAAUAGCUCGAGCAUUUAAUUGAGUAACAUAUAGAUUGCUUGAGCAGUCAAUGAUUAUUUCUCAUGUGGUCUGAUUUGACUGUUCUAACUGUCUGGUAAUGUCUGUAUUCUAGUUACUUAACCCAUAGCUAAUCUAUGCCAUAGAUAUAUCUUGUCUAUACAAGCAUAUAUUUUUUACCAUUGCUGAAUAUCUACAGUUUAUCAAUAAUCAUAACAAGCUUAAAUCUUCAUUCUGCAGAAAUAAUUUUUAAAGUAUCCAAAUUUCAUACAAGGCAUUGUAUGAAAUUUGGAUACUUUACAACUUUGUAACUGUAUACAUUUUAAUAUUAUGUAUUGGUGAAGUGUAGUUUGUUGUGAUUUGAUUUAUUCAUUGUGUUUGAUGAAGGCGGGUGAAGUAAUGUUAUUUCAUUAUGAAAAUGCUUUAAAAAUAUAACAACGUUUGAGGCGGAAACCAGUAUGUUAAAAAGUAUUAAUUUCAUUAAAAUUAGGUGGAUCAGUAAUAGAAUGAAAAAUAAAUCACAAUCCUAUGAAAAAAAAAAAAUGAGAUGUUGACUAUGUUUCAUUUAAAUAUACUAAGCAUCAUAUUCCAAUAGGACGGAAUAAGCUUCAUACAAGUGCACAAGUAACAUAGUUUUUGCGUUUUAUUUUGAUAUACUGAAUCAAAAUAAUCGAUUUCUGGAGUCACAAAAUUUGAAUAUUGCUCCAUUUUGCGAGAAAGUUAUAGAAAAGUUUCUUUCAAACAAGUUUCCAAUGUUUAUAUUCUGAUAAUAUUCAGCCCUUAUAAAUAAAUUUGAGAUUAGUCAACAUCCCUAUAACUUCAGUGCGGUGAACUAAAAAAGUGACAAAUCGAAGUUUUGUAGAUAUAUUUCAGAGCAAUGGCAACCCACAAUCAAAAACCCUGAUUUCAUAGACUGUGAUUGUAAAAGAAUUUUGUAGAUUUACAUAGAAUUUUCUAGUAUUUCUUUUUGGUAAUAGUAGGUUUUUGAUAGUAUUGACAAUGUUGUCAUUGGCCUGAAGAAAUAUGCAAUAUUUGUGCAUAGACAAUUUCUGUUAUAACUAUUAGUUGUUAAUGACUUAUCUAGCCUUUUAUAUUUGCCUAGUAUUAUUUCUUUGCUUUGUUUAGAAUAUUGUUGAAUGGAAAUAUUUCCUAAUAUCAGUGUUGAUCGUAAAUGACAGUAAUAACCAUUUAUGUGUAAUAAAAUGUCAAAACCACAAUCAUAUCUAUAAAAGGAUCCAUGAUAGUUUUAAUUAGUAACUUUCUAAGUUCUUGGGCAGUCGAACAUCAAAUUGCUCAUGAAAUAUAUCUAACUAAAAUUCAUGAUUGCUAUCGACACUUACAAAUAAGUCAAAGAUUCUUUCGUGCAACUACGAUUCAAUUCUACGCGACUAUUGUCAUUUACAGUCAAAAACGCUAAUUCCUAUGAAAUAUUCCGUUCGACAUGUAUUCAGUAUGUCGAUUUGUUACGUGGAAGUUAUAUACAA